AUGGGAAAGAGCGCCUGGCUGUACGACGAGAAUUCACAUGGCAGGUGUUCGUCUUGGAAUCUUUUCGAGGGGGAAAGAGCUAAGGAGCAAACAAUAGACAAACGGCCCCAUGUUGGAGCUCGAGCUUUGUCUUCACGAAUGCACAAUCCAGGGAGCAGACACGCGCGCUGGGGGGCCCGUCAGCGGCCACUUGCCAGCGCAUGUGGCCCGUUUCAGGUGCGAUGCGGCCGUCGAAUCAAAGACUGCCGCCAGACCAGUCGGAGCCCAUCGUGGCAGUUGAAGAACAGAGACGGACGAGAUCUGGCCUGGCGAGAGGCAGGGAGCAAAGCAAGAGUGUGGAGGUGCGGCCAGACCAGCUGGACCAGAAACAGUCAGGGACCAGACAAUGUUCGUGAGACGGAAGCAACAACAAACUGGAUGGCCGUCCCACGGCGCAUCGGGAUGCGAUCAGCCAAUGCUUCCCAGGCACAAAUUGUUCCAAGAGACAUGAGGCCAGGCGCCCUGCCAGGCCACCAGGUCAGCCAGGCUAAACCAUACUUGAGCGCAAUCUCCCCCGACGCAUCGACGUGGAAUGCAGACAACCGGACAGAAGGCAAGUGA